AUGAAUAAUCACGAAGACGAUGAGACACAAUCACAGAUACCAUUGCUUAAUCAUUCUUCUUGGUAUUUAUCUAAUACUUAUUUUCAUCCCGAUGAACAUUUACCUCCUGAUCAUUCAUUAUUAAUCGUUUUCGAGAGUGUCCGUAUUUUAACAUGUAUUUGUGCAGUAUUAGGUGUAUUGACCAAUCUUGCUCUAGUAGGUAUCAUUGCUAAAACAUCUUUUCGACAUGUUAGUUAUGGUUUACUGAUCAUUAUAAUUGCCUUAUUCGAUAGUAUACGUCUACUAUCGGCAAUUUAUUAUUAUCUUUUAUUUGCUAAUGUUGUUCAAAUCAGUGCAAUUACUGAAACAAUUUACCUCGCAACUAAUCGUUAUCCAAUAUUUGUUGUAAAUUGGUGUAAAGUUUUAAUGGCAAUUGAACGUUUAUUAACAGUUCGUUAUUGGGAACAUCAUACACAUUUAGAUUGGCGUUCAAAACAUAAACGUAAACAAUAUCGUCGAUUUGCUUAUGCAAUUAUUUUUGUUUUAUUUGCUGGUCUUUUAAGUCAACAUCCAAAUUAUCUCUAUAAACGUUACCAAUCAGUUCGAAUUAAUUAUAAUCGUUUAAUGAUUGUUAAUAAACAUAAUGAAAAUUUUUAUUAUGGUUAUCAUCGAUUUAAUUCUAAUCUUUUUGGUAUUAUGUCCUAUUUAAUUCUUGAUAUAGCAUUGCCAAUCUUAUCUGUUUUAAUUGUUAAUAUACUUCUUUUACGAGAAAUUAGAAAAUUACCAUCUUCAUUACAAAUUAAAGUUAAAGAAUCAAUUGCAAUUUUAUUCUUUUUAUCAUUUUUAUCAAUGACAAUUAUACCUCGAGCAUUAAUUGGUUACUAUAAUUAUUAUUCAUCAAAUAAAGAUUAUAUUGUAUUAACACGAGUUGUUAUCUUCUAUUAUGUUUGUUUAGGCCUUGAAUAUUUCAAUCAUGGAAUAACUGGUUGUGCAUGUUUUCUAUCUUCGGCAUUACUUCGUAGUGAAUUGAAAAAUAUGAUUUGGACUAAAUAUAUGGCAGCUAAUGUUCACUAA